AUGAGACGAGUUGUAGCAGCUGCAAUCCGUACAGAAAGAGCCUUCUCGACACGAUUUUCCGCGUCGCAGCAGAAACCAGUUGCAUCUACUUCAUCAUCGUCGUCUGUUCCGGAUCGUGCAACUCUUGAAAAAGGAACAGUCCAGCCAACAGUGUUGAAGCCAUUCGUUUCCGCGUCACUUCAACAUGAAGAUUUAUUUAAUUUUGAAAAAAUGGUCCAUAUCGAUGAGAUGUUUAAAGCAAGACUUCACUACGGACAUAAGGUCGGAACAGUAAACAACAAUAUGAAGUGGGCCCUGUACGGUGAACGUCUUGGAGUUUGCCUCUUCGACCUCGAUAUUACCAAAAAAUAUCUCGUCAGAGCUCUAAAUUUCGUUGCUCAUGUGUCAUUGCGCGGUGGAAUGAUUCUUUUUGUCACUUCCAAUCGAGACACCAUGUUUGAUGUUGAGAAGGCAGCAGAUGAGGUUGGGCAAUACUCUCACGUUCGAAAGUGGCAAUCAGGAACUCUAACGAACACUCGACAACUUCUCGGAGCUUCAGUUCGACUUCCAGAUGCUGUCUGCUUCCUGUCAACCCUCACAUCACUCGGCGAAAACCAUCCAGCCAUCGUUGAAGCCGCAAAAAUGGCGAUUCCCACAAUUGGAGUAGUUGACUCGAAUUCGGAUCCGGCUUACUUGACAUAUUUGGUUCCUGCAAACGAUGAUACACCACAAUCCACUGAAUAUUUGCUCAGAAUGUUCAAGGAAGCCGUUCGAAAAGGACAAGAAGAACGAAAACGUCAGCAGCAAGGAAAAUAAAUUUUAAUUUUUAGUAUUUAGUUUCAAGAUUUCAAAAUUUUUGAUUAGAUCUUUUGUUUUCCUUGUUUUCUGAUUGUUUCUUCAUUUUCUAAAUAUCCAGUUGUUUACCUAUUUAAAAAAUCAAAAUAUUGCU